GCCACCACGCCACCUGCGGCCACGACCUUCGGCUCGGCGACACCUGGCGGGCUCCCUGCGGACAGCUUCCAGGCAGACCUGAGUGGGCUUUGGGUGUGCCGGAAGGGGAUCGAGAAUUUCAAGAGGAGCAUUUUGUCACACUUCAUUUCCAGCGGCGGUCUGCAGCUGAGCACUGCACGUGCCAGCCUCGGCGGCGGCUGCUUCUACCCCUCAGUCUGGCUCGCCGCGCUGCACAGCCUCCGCAAGGGUCAUGCAAAGCGACUGGCGUAUGUCGACAUCGACGCGCACAUGCCCGACGGAGUUUGGAAGGAGGUCGAUCACUUCUCAAAGCUCAAGAAGGAUCAGCGCGACUUCCUAAUUGGCAAGCGCAACUCCUGCACAGGUAUCCUGUUUUCUUCCAUCCACAUCGAUGGCUAUCCGAACCAGGGCUCCAGCUGGCACUCGGUGAAGCAGAACCUCAAGAGGUCCUUCGAGGUUCGCGUAAGGGACACCCUGCUGCCGCGGAGUGUGACGCAAGGCACGGCGAGCAGCGCCAACCAAGGGCUGAUCACAAGAUAUCAGCGGUGGUGCAACACUCUCGACAAGGAGAUGACGAGCUUCCAGCCCGAUGGGCUCUUCGUGGGGCUGGGCUUUGACCUUCACCAGAAGGAGGCCGAGAUUUCGGACAAGAAG